AUGCCCGUCGUCAGGUACCAGAUAAGGAACGAGUAUGGGCUGGCGGAUCCGGCGCUCUAUGGCGCUGCGGACAAGGAGGAUCCCGAGGCCUUGCUCGAAGGGGUGGCCAUGGCCGGUCUGGUUGGCGUCCUGCGGCAGCUGGGGGAUCUCGCCGAGUAAGUUUCGUUCGGUUUGUGGCCGUGUGUUUUGAUAUUUGUCGGGAGUGGAGUUUUUGUUCGCGACUUAUUCGAAAUUUUCGUCUUUUGGGCUUGAUUGGGGUCUGGGGCGGCGAAUUGAAGUGUCUAUUUGGGUGUCCGUCUCAAAUUCCUGGGGAGCGGUUGCACGGAUUGUAUUUCUUUGGGAUUCGUUUGUAGUGUGGCCUGGAUUGUAUGGCUUUCAAUUUGGGUCUGCUGCAAUUUGGGAUUUUACGCAGCCUCCAGUGCCUUUCUAUCAAAAAUAGUGGGGAUUUUGUAUUCUUCUCUAGCGUUUGUGAUACGUGGUGUACUAUGGUGCUGGCUGGCUUUAAGCACAGAUUCUAAAGUCUCUUCAUCAGUCUCCCAGGAAGCUUUUAAAGUAAUUGUGGAUUUUAAAAUAGGGGGUUUCUGUGUUCCAUUUUCGAAAAAUAUCUCCACGCUUAUGUUUCUUUCAUCAUUCCCUAUCAUCCUCCAUGCUGCUAUUUUCCCUUGUCCGGGUUGGUGAUUGUCUCUAGAAAGUUGAAAAUAAUAUGCAUGAUAUAUUGAUUCCUGUGCCAGAUUUUCUCGCAUUUGUGGACUUUCAAGAGAAGUUGGGAGAACGCUGUUCCAUUUUUAACCUUUAUUAAUCUCAGAAUCCUUCCAUUUUUGGGGAUGGCGAAAGCUGGUGCUCAUUUGUGAGCCAAAAGUAAAGAUUACGAGAUAUAAUCAUCGCCUCUAAAGUUCCACAGUGGUGGGAAAUACGAACGUGCUGGUGCAUCAAUCUUCUUUCGGCACAGACAUCUACGCCGCAACUAUCAUGCCUUGGCCUUCAUAUGAUUUAUAUCCGAUAACCUACAAAAAAGAGGUUAAUUAGACGUAGAUGUGACUGUUAGAAUCUCACUUCCAGUGGACUGGUCUUAAACAUGACUUGUCCAUGAUUAAAGCGUGGGCAUUAUACACCAUAGAAUUCAUAUUGAAGGAGGAUGUGCCACAAAAGAGGGCUCACCAUGUACUCAGUUAGAUAUUGUAUGUAAUGCUGUGACAUGAUAAGCACCAUGGUUAUGGCCAUAGUCUAUCGAAAUGACGUGGACAUCGUACUCCGUUUGAUUUAAAAAUUUUAUUCAUAGUUUUGGAUUCCCCAUUGCAUGCAACCUUUCUGAAUCCGACGCCCACGGCCAAGAACCAUGCCGUCAUAAAUGAUAGCACGUGUAGUUUAAAAGAGAUAAGAUUCCAAAUUUAGCCUUUGAAGCAAAGUAAUCAGAGAAAUUAUUGAGAGGAAGAAGCUUACGGUAUUCAUGGACCAGAUAUUUUGAUCUCUAGAUGUUCUGGAUGCCAGAGAGAGGGACGUAAGAUAUACUCAUCUGAUUGACUACCUAAUCCUAUUUACAUAUGAUGUGCCUACUUCGCAUUUUCUUCUUCGUUUCUUUGGAUCAGCUUGAAGUUCAAUUUGGGCAAGUACUAGGAGUGGGCAAAUUAAGACCUGAUUCUCAAUCGUUGAAAUUUGAAAUUUCUUCGAGUAAACGCCUUUCUGGAUAGGUGGUUGCUUGAGGGCGUGGCCCUCUCUGUAGCUUAAAAGUAUUAGACUUUUUGAAAGGUGGUUGGUCUGACUUCGAAGUUUUCUAUGUAAUCAUAUUCACUGUUGCCACUUGCCAUUGCCCUUUUUUUCAUAAUCUGAGGUGUAUUGUGCAAGCGAAAUGAAAGAUGAGUGAUCCACAUUCUUGAUCAUAGAAUGCUUUAAUACUCGUGGACAAUCUACAGGUAUCUUAUAUACUCUGCAAUGCUAUUCCCUUUGUGAGUCCGUUAUAGUUCAACCUGAUGACAUUGACCACGACAGAGGACAAUAUAUGAUACAUGGUCGAAUAGUAAAAAGAUAAAUAACAAGUGUUUUAGAACUGACCACUGUUUACUUUUUUUCUGCUAAAAGAAUGACCAAGUAUGGCGCAGAAAUUGGGUACUUACUCCAAAAGUCAGGAUUUGAAACACUGCUCUUUCUUCAAGGACUAGUUAUAAUCGUCAUAUUUUCUGAUCGCGAUUUAAUGACUCUCGGGAAUUUUAUGCUGAACUCUAAUAUGCAUCUGACAAAUUGCAUCUUUCAUGAAUGACUAUUAUUUAUCUAAACGCAACAAAUUAGUAAGGAGGCAUGUUUAUAAACAAAUUCUAUGUUUGGCAGUGUCGCAAGUUAUAAUCCUCCUAGAAUGUAUUUUUCUUUCAUCUCUGGAGUCACACUAGUUUCUCUAGGAAGCAUCUUGCAUAAUUUUCCCGAUCUAGUAGUUCUUAAAGAAGGGAAACAUUACUUUUUGUAUGGUUGAAAAGUUUGCCUCGAUUUAGAUGAAAGAAUGCAGUUGUCAGGCAACGAGGAUGAAUGUCUUCCUGUCCCUUCUUUAUAGACAGCUGCACUAAUAUUCUUGCGUUUUUUAUCUUAGUUACUGCCAUACAACAAGAGGAAUUUUUUAAUGAUCUUUACACCCCGUUUUCACUGCAAGCUUCAUGACGGGGGAUAUUUUAUUUCACACUAUCGUGGUCGUUUUAUCUCGUUCUUCAACAGGUUUGCUGCUGAAAUAUUUCAUGAUUUGCAUGAAGAAGUGAUGGCAACUUCUUCCAGAGGACAUGGACUUUUGCUUCGUGUCCAACAGCUGGAGACCGAAUUCCCAGCGAUUGAAAAGGGUUUUUUCAAUCAAACAGACCAGUCGGACUUCUAUCACAGUGCUGGUUAGAGCUCUUCUAUCUCUUUAAAAGAUAUGAUAAGAGUCUUCUAAAAAAUCAUCUUUUCUUAUUGUUCUGGUAAAAAGCGAAAAGUUCAUGAUUUCAAUUGUUUUCAGCUUAUUAGAUAGAUAAUCAUGUCUGCAACAUUUUUGUGGAACCCAGGGUUGGUCGCCCCAGAUGUAUGUGAAUGACUGUCACAUGGCGUAGUUCCAUGAUUGUCUCUGGUGACAAAUUUUCUCUAACAAAAGAAAAGAUAUUCAGCAUGCAAAUAUUAUAGGGCGUGGUUUAAUAUCUCUUGUAAAGUUUCUUAUUCACAUUUCAGUAUCAAAUUUGAUUUCAGACUUUAUGUGAGUAGAGCAUUAUAAUGUAUCUCUUGAUAUCUGGAACAUUGCCGAGUUUCUGGCAUUUAUGUCUGUCCAGGUUUAUGUUUAUUCUCUUUUUCAAGUACAGAAUAUUUUUAAUAUCUAGAUCCAUUCUUUGUCUUAGGAAAACAAUGUUUGUUGCUUCCUGAUUUCCUAUGCUUAAGCUUGUGAAGUGAUUCUAGAAAUAUAACCAACAGAUUUUAUCUCGAUUUUGGGAAGGAAAGUUCAACAAGAAGAAAAAGGAAGAGUUGAGCAGUAUUGUGGAGCAAUAAAGAAAGAAGAACAGAUGACUAUUGUAGAACUUCUGUUUGACUAUGUAGUGGCAGCUAUGGGAGCAAUAGAAAAUACAGAGAAGAAUAUUAGAUCUGAAGGGGGUAACAUAAGAAAGAAAAUAAUGAAGGAGAAGAACCAAAAGUGGAAAAAUAAAGAGCGUAAAAUAGCAAAUAAGGAGGAUGAAUAUAUUUCUGAAAAGCGGGGAAGAAAAUUGAUAGUGUGAAAGGAAGAAAUGGAAAGAUAGGAAUCCUGUGGAGGAGCUGUGAUAACUUAUUGGGCAAAGGAAAAAUUGUAAAGCGUUAGAUGCUUAUACUGCUGUUGUACACGGAGUCCUACUUAAAACCUUAACCAAUCAAACAGAUGAAACUCUCAAUCAAUAUCUGUAAUCUAAGAAAUUUCGUGACAACCACAUAUGAUCACCAUUUCCUGGUAGAGGGAAAAAUAAGGAUUCAAUCACUAUAAAAAAUAAGAUUCAAUGAAGAGAACUUGAGAUAAUAUCGGUGCCGAACCUUGUCUCGAAGCUGCAUUGACUUAAGAUUUGUGUCAAGUAGCGAACUAGUAAAAUUUUGGCAUACUCAGUGUCUGGGUGAUUUUCUCAUUAUUUCAGUUUUUCCUUUUUGUUGAUUAUCUUCAGGAACUUAAUUAUCACAUUGAUAUGAGGUUAACUUACAAUGUAGAAGUUGGAUACUGUGGAGAAGUUGACUAAUUUUUCAGUCGAAGUAUGAAUUAUGGCCGAAUAUUAAUAAUUUCUCCAUCAUUUUUGCAGCUAUUGACUGGCAUCCUAAUCUCCAGAUUGACCAGAAUAUGGUUACAAGAGAAGAUAUACCUAGAUUCAUUUUGGAUUCUUAUGAAGAAAGCAGAGGUCCUCCACGGCUAUUCAUGCUGGACAAGUAUGGCAUCUGUUCAGAUUGAUUUGUGUGUCCUAUUGUAUAAACCAGUCGCUUAUUCUAUGCUCCUUUUUAUUCCUGUCAGGUUUGACAGUGCUGAAGAUGGUGCAUGUUUGAAAAGGUAUUCUGAUCCAUCCUUUUUUAAGACAAAUUUUGCAUCCACCGGAAACAUGGAAGCUGAUUGUCAGAGAGAAAGGAAAUCUCGAAAGAAUAAGGUAGCAUUUUAAUUUGUGAUGGCAGUCUGCAUAAUGCUAUGUUCUUUGUUGCUGAAGCUACCCCGAUUCCAACAUUUUUGAUAUUGAGUGAAUUGCAAGCAGACCCAAGAAUAGAGUAGUGUUAAUUGUAGAAUAGACAUUGGUAGUACUUUAUGGGGUUGUACACAUUCAUGUUCAUGUUUUCUAUCAUCCCCUGAUAAGAUUCCUUACCCCCAAUAGAGAAAUAAGCCUCGUACCCUUUCCCAUUAUAUUUUAAGGUUAUUAGCUCGUGUUCAACAUAUGAAACUUUUGUGUGUGAUGAGAAUUAUCUAUUGUGGAUGAACUUUAUAUAGUGGUAUCCUGGAGAUCAGUGAAUUAGGAUUAAGCGUACUAAAUUGUAAAGGUACCUGAGAAUUUUUUCAGAGGAACAGUUUAAAAUGUUAAUAUCACGGCUAUGGUGACAAAUUUUUAUGUGAUUUUAAUGUUUAUUCUUCUGAUAAUGACUCCAUGUAAGCUUUGUAAGUAAAGGGUAUCUAAAUUUCUAUUAGCUACUAGGAAAUCUAUGCGUUCAUGCUGAAGAUGAAUUAACAUCAGGUAAUUGUGGAAAAUUUUAAUUUAAUUGACACUUGUUGACCUAUGCCUGUAAAGAAACGUAAUGGAUUUCUGAAAACGUAUCAUGUAUAAACUCUAAACAGGAAGCAGACGAACAGUGUAUCCAUAAAAAGUGUCGGUUCUGUAGUCUAGUUAUGGUUGUGCAUAUUUCCAUAAAAAGUUUCCAUAAAAAGUUACCUCAUUAUAUGUUGAGUUUCUAUUUUAUGUUCCUAGGCAACCUUCAGUCACAUCUGAACAUCCUGCUUUCAAGAUAUGCUUCUUCGAAGUUUUUAGUUACUUAUGGCAUGCUCAUAAUUUUAGCAUGUCACAUUUUUUUGGUUACUUGUGAACCCUAUAAUUUCUGUAACGGGGGGAUUUAUCUCUCUUAGAAAAAGAUACCACGUUGGAGGAAUGGCAUAACCUCUGAAGCUCACACCCCGCCGCUUGUGGACCAGAAGUAAGAAGCCCCUUUCUGAAAAUAAUGUUAUUUCUUUAUAAGUAGUUCAGUGCUCAAUUGUCUCAUAUCUGUGUUUUGAUUGCCGUUUGUUUCCUAGGUUGGAACAUUUGACAGUGGAAAAAGUGUCUGAGAACCAACAAGUUAAGCGUGUUAGAUUGAAAGCAAGGAAGUUGAAUGACAAUCUGAACAUCGGGAGAAGAUAUAAGGAGAGCAUUCUUGAUCCACGAUCACCUGAACGCGCAGUAUUAUGUAAGAAUUCUGCAAGCGACCCCAAAGAAAAGACAAAAGCAGUUGAUUCCAUUGAAUUCUCCCCCGAAGUACGUGAGAUUAUCAUAGAUGUGUCGAAUGAGAGGCCAAAUUUCAGAGAGAGAAACACACUGAAGCCUCCAAAUAAGGAGGUGCUGAGCCCUACUCCGAAGGAAAAGACUCUGUCGCCCAUUGACAGAAGGGAUGGGCAGACUGUAAACAAUGAGAAGAAAGAGAUGUUGGAGGAAGCAAAUGGUAGAGUAGAAAACUUGCUGUCAACAUUACACGAGCAAGAUCGAAAUGCGCUGCUGGUUAAUAACGACUUCAAAAGGGAGGUCAGUAGUUAUGCUGAGAGCAAGUCAAGCAGCAGUCUUAAUGACUAUAGAACAGAUGAUGUUGCAAGUGAGCUGGAAAAUUAUUUGGAUGCGCUUACGACAAUGGAAUCGGAAAUUGAAACAGACAAUGAGACCAGGAUUAGGCUAGAACAGAACACUUUCAUCAAGGAAUAUCCUAAGUUUAGUUCUAUUCAAGAGCGGAAACAAAUAACUGAGAAUUUGGAAAUGAACACGUCUGAUAAACCUAUAAUCUCCUCUGUGAAUGAUAGUUUAUUUAAUAAAGGAGUUUCUGGUCAUGCAAAUGAAAAGUCAUCAUUUAACUUUUCUGAAUCAUUACCAUCUCUUCCGGUCAUGUUUGUGGAUCAAGUUUCACCUGCUGAUGAAUGCCAUGAAACAACUUCAAUAAAUAACCUGUCAAAGAGUGAGGUUUUGGAGGAGGUUGUGGGGAAUGAGUCUCCCCGAGAUUUAGUUCAGGAUCAGAUGACACCAAAUGCUCCUGGUAACAUGACCGGAUCUUCUUGUUCUUGCACUACAGAUUCAGCUACUGGUCUCGAUCCAACUCCAGAGGAUAUCAAGUCAGCUACUGUAAAUCUGAAUACAUUCUCGAGCAGUACCAAAAGCAAUGAAAUGAUUGAUAUAUGCUUUGAUUAUGAAUAUAACCCUCAACUCAACUCAGACAUUCGGGAGUUUAAUAUAAAUGUGAUGCCCUCUGAUCUGGUCGAAGAACAUGAACAAAAUGGCAGGCUAGCGAAGGGUGAUUCUCUUCCGAGAUCAGGGGAUCCAAAAAUUCCAGUUGGAGGGGACAAAUAUCUUGCCCAUGAUAAAAACACCGAAAUUCUGGUUGAUUCUCCGUGUGAUAAAUCUGAUUUGAACCUUGAGAUACAUGAUGGCCCUCUUCAAACACUGAACUCAGAUCCAAGUAUUGAUGAGUCAAAAGCUGAACGUAUUAUAACAGGUACUAAUUCUGAAGAUACACAUAAGGUCACUGAUGUUGAGAGUGCACCUUCCAUACAUGUCGAAGAUUCAUUACUUGAUCUUUCUGUUGUAGCAAAUCAAGAGGAGCAGCUACGAUCAGUACCCCAAGAACAUAAAGUUGAUUCGGGAGAGAGUACACCAUCACCAAGGACAUAUUUAUCCAUUUUUCCUCUCGAUGACAGAUCUAGCACCGGUUCAACAGAGGGAUUAUUUGAGACUAAAGAGAGCUCUGUUUCGUCCAGCGAAAAGUUUGAGCAUGCCAGAUCGUCGACCUGUUCUGAGGUUGCCGAUGAUUUUUCUGAUAAUGAUGAUACCAGCCCUGAAAAUCAGUACAAUUUUACUGAGAAUGGAGUAACAGCCUCUGACAUAUUGUCUCCUAGCUCUUCCCAUGACCAGAAGCUGCCUCAAGAUUCUUUCGUUUUGGACCAAGUGGAAUCAGCACCAAAUGGUGAGUUACCCGACACUCAGAAAGUGUUUACUAAUUUAUUUGUUAUGAAAUAAGGUUAUCGUCCAUUAAUGCAAUGUGAUCAUUUAUCCUUAUUUGUUCCAUGCCAUCUGGUUUACUUGUGGAAUUGCAUUCUGCUAACCAAUAUUCAACUCUCAUAGUGUGUAAAUGUAUUGAGAAACGAGUUAUACAAGAUUUAUCCUUUUUUUUCUCAGAUUCAGUUUCAGAGAAGCACACAAUAGAGCCCUCUGAUACCCAGAACGCUCCUGGCACUGCAGCCUCUGAGGAAAAAUAUGCUGUUGUUAAUGGUUCUACAAAUUUGGAAUCUUCUGGAUACACCCUCGACUCAUCCUCUAAUUCGGAUUUUGGGGAUCAUGACCACGUUUCCCAUACUGGACCAUUUGAACUAGUAGAAGAGGACACUUACUCCAGCAAUGGUGGCAAACCCGCAGUAUCUUCAAUAGAAGGAGGGAAGCUUUUAAAUCCACUUCUGCACACUGAAUCUGGUUCAAUGCGCUCAGAUGCACAGCAUCUGGGGAACAUUGAGACAUCCGAUUCGAAGACUUUAAUGGGAGCCGAUGAUAAGCAAUCCUCAGAAACUCCCGUUCCUCAACAGGAGGCAGAUGGUGCAGUUGGAGCUCUGAGGGAUUCUAAAUCUGCAAAGCCAAUUCAUGAGCCCUAUAAUCAUUUGGUUAGGAAGCCUUUAAUCUAUGUUCAUCGCCCCAGAGACCACAGAGUCCUACCUCCACAGCAUUCAAAAAUCGCAGGAAGGCUUCCUGAAUCAUCUGAGACGGAAUCAUCUAAGUUUGAGUCAACCAAGCAUGCUAAAUUUAAUACGAGUCAUUGGGAGAUUGAUGAAGACAAUACGCACCCAUCAGAUAGUCAAUAUCCACCGACUCAUGCAAAAGUUCUCCCUUCAAGUGAGCCUUCCCCUCCUGCAAAUGGGGACGUACUUCGAUGCAGUGAUGCCAAUGCAGCGGGGACUAUUCCUUUGAAAGAAGUCUCCACAUUGAAAUCUUCUGAUGAAGUCGGUGAGAUUUCUUCGCCACAGAAAUCUGAAAGUAUCCAUCUAAACAAUAUCCAUUCUGAAAGAGGACAAUCACUUGAACAAGAUAACGACUCUGCAAGAGUUGAGAGUGGGAGAUCUUUUCCAGAAUUGUCACAAGAUUCAUUUGAGGGUAUUGGAAGUAGCAAGAUAUUUGAUUCGGAGAGGACAGUAUCAGAUGCAUCUGGUUUCAACCAACGACAUGCAGAAGCUCAGUCUCCUCGUCAACCAGGUUUUGGGUUCCUAGCAAGUUCUAAAGUUUCUGAUAAUUUUCUUCUACCGUACAACACAGUGAUCCAGCAUGAGUCAUCUGAACUGCCUUUAGAAGAAGAUCCACCACCUCCCCCACUGCCUCCCAUUCAGUGGAGAAUGGGGAAGCUUCGUCCAAACGCUAGUCCAUCAAUGAGAGGAAUGGCUGGGCCUCCAUGCUCGCCAAACCAAUUGUCUCUUUCACCUUCUUUGGAUCAUUCAUGGAGUUCACCGUUAAUGGGUGGGACUACGUUGCAGCCAUUGAACCCAUUUCUAGACGUACGAAUCACACCAAGCGGCAGAAAUCAAGUUGUCAAUGACACUUUGGAAGAGAGUACAAGCCCCUUUCAUUCAUCAGUUGCAGCAUCUCGCGUAGAAGAUGUGAAGCAGAAAAUCGAAGUGCACCAAGAAGCCUUGAGUAGGGAAAUAUCUGAAUCUUCAGUUGCACUACCGUUCGAGUUAUCCGAUGCGAAAUCUCAACAACUUCCCAUAAUCUCUGUGGGAGAAUCAAUGCGACCAUCAAAACCUUCUAUUGUACCAGUUUCAAUAGCCCCAGAGCCCCGGCAUGAAGCAAUAGUGUACCCUUCCAACACAUUCUUGCCACCAGCAUCCACAGAAGUUGAGAGAACGUCCAAGGACAGGAUGGUAGAAGGGUAUUUUUCAGACACUCCAUCAACAGCAGCUGUUCCACAGAGCGUUAUGGGCUCUCAGUGGAUUCGCAUGUAUACUUCAGAAGAUGAAGCCUUCCCAGCAGAUGAAUAUCAGAAGCCCUUUAGGAGACCUCAUUCCCUUCUGAACCGCCCUAGAGAUCCUCUCAUUGAGGCAGUUGCGUCUCAUGAUAAAAGCACGGUAUGCACCUCGUGACUUAGUAAUGAAGAUCGAGUAAUGUUUGUUUUCUUCAACAGCCCAAUCUAAUGUCUUUAUGCAUGGUGGUUUUGCAGCUGAGAAAGGUUUCUGAGCUCGUUCACACCUCGGCCAAGCCAGAGGGAGAGAGAAAUGUACUACUGGAACAGAUACGAAGCAAGGUCAGUAGCGGGUCAUUCAUUUCACCUGUGUUGGAGCCUACCGAUUCCUUCUUCUCCUGAUCUGUCCUCUCGCUCUGGGCAGUCCUUCAACCUGAAGCCAGCCGCUGUUGCAAAGCCAAGCAUGAAGGGUCCUCCGACAAACUUGAAGGUCGCCGCCAUUCUGGAGAAGGCAAAUGCUAUUCGGCAGGUUGGUGGCCGCCAGAUUUUAUUCUCUCUUGAAUCGUCCGUUUCCUCUGUUUUCCUCACUCUUCAGGGUUAAUCUCUGUGGAACAGGCGGUCGCUGGAAGUGAUGAAGAUGACGAUGGCGACAGUUGGAGUGAUUCUUGA